AUGCCAUUGAUAAUAGUCACCGGGUUGCCGACGUCUGGCAAGACCACCCGAGCUAAACAACUCUACGACUACCUUGCCGAACGAGUGACGGACUCAAACUACCGCCUGCAUUACAUCUCGGACGAUACUCUGUCCGUCUCUCGAACCGUUUACGAUCUAUCUGCACUACCGGCUCAUACAAGAUCAGCAAAUGCUUCCGAGAAGGAUGCGCGAGCGGCCAUCUACGGCGCAGUCAAGCGCGUGCUGACGAACAAGGACAUCGUUGUCUUGGAUAGCCCAAACUACAUAAAAGGAUGGAGGUACCAGCUUCACUGCGAGGCAAAGGCCGUGCGAACGCCCAGCUGCAUUUUACAAAUCGGCUGCUCGAAGGAACAGGCGAAGCAAGUCAACGACAAGCGCUUGGAGAGGCGGGCGAAGGGAGAGGCUCAGCUGGAAGGCGAGGAGCCCUACGAGGAAGGCAACUGGGAAAACCUGGUGUUUCGCUACGAAGAGCCGAACCCGAUGACACGGUGGGAUAGCCCGCUGUUCGCCGUGGUAUGGGAUGACGACGAGGAGCAGACCAAGAAGAUUUUCGACGAUCUGUGGGAGACCAUCGCGGGAAGUGGGCGCAAGGUGAUCCGCCCGAACCAAUCCACCGUGCAGAGGGGCCGUGACGCAGAUGGCGACUACCUCUACAUACUUGACAAGGAGACACAGGACAUUGUGAAGCAGAUUCUAAGCCAGCAGGGGGAGGGCGAGGGCGGGGAAGUAAAGGUGCCACUUGGUUCCAGUGGAAAGGACGAUUUAAUCAUUGAGCUGCCGGCCGGCAAGAAGAUUGGUCUUCCCCAGCUACAACGAAUGAGGCGGGCGUUCGUGGGACUCAACCGUGGCGGGAUAGGAUUGGAUCCCCUGGGCAACAUGACUGCUGACCGACUCAGAGAGGCCUUUGUCCGCUAUCUAAACGCUGCUUUCGAGAAUGAGGAAUAG